AGCAGUUGUCGCGAUCGGAAGCAAAUCGGAAAACCUCCCUUGGAUUCCUAAAACACACAGGCGAAGAAUUUGCUGGUUGUCUUGCGACGACGUCGACGCAUUUCAUUUGGAUUCAGAGUUUGAUUUAUUGAUAUGUUGCCCUUUCGCUUGGGCCUGCUACUUGGCGCCGUGCUUCUAGUGGCAAGCGCAAAUGGAGCUGCCAUCGAAAAUGUGUCAGCAAUCGAAGAUGAGGUUACUGGUCUGACCGAUUUGCAAAGAGAUAAAAGAAGCGGCAGGGGCUAUUCAAGGGGACAAACCCAGUCUCAGUACUUAAAUUUCGGUAAGCCCGAACAGGAUGGAAAGGCCGAGGCGGAGGCCAACGAAAGUGGAUCUCGCUCAACUGUCUCUGGCACCCAUGGAAUGGGGCAGGCCCAGAGUCAGUUCUCGUCCGGAGACUGCAACGGGUGUUCUGGCUACCAAACGAAUUACCCUUCCUCCGGUAGAAUUCUGGAUGCAAGUGGAUCGGCUGGAGGCGGCAGACCCGAUUCAAUUAUAAGCCUACCCGGUGCAGGUCUAGGUACCCUAGGAGGAGUGGGAGGACAACCAGGAAUUGGUGGUCAGCUGGGCAUUGGAGGACAGCCAGGAAGUGGCGGACAACAGGGUGUUGGUGGUUCUCAGCCUGGAUACGGAAGUCAGCCUGGAGUUGGAGGACAGACAGGAGUCAGUGGAGGACCACCAGGAUACGGAAGUCAGCCUGGAGUUGGAGGACAGACAGGAGUCAGUGGAGGACCACCAGGAUAUGGAAGUCAGCCUGGAGUUGGAGGACAGACAGGAGUCAGUGGAGGACAACCAGGAUAUGGAAGUCAGCCUGGAGUUGGAGGACAGACAGGAGUCAGUGGAGGACAACCAGGAUAUGGAAGUCAGCCUGGAGUUGGAGGACAGACAGGAGUCAGUGGAGGACCACCAGGAUACGGAAGUCAGCCUGGAGUUGGAGGACAGACAGGAGUCAGUGGAGGACCACCAGGAUACGGAAGUCAGCCUGGAAUUGGAGGACAGACAGGUGUCAGUGGAGGACCACCAGGAUACGGAAGUCAGCCUGGAGUUGGAGGACAGACAGGAGUCAGUGGAGGACCACCAGGAUACGGAAGUCAGCCUGGAAUUGGAGGACAGACAGGUGUCAGUGGAGGACCACCAGGAUACGGAAGUCAGCCUGGAAUUGGCGGAAAGACAGGAGUCAGUGGAGGACAACCAGGAUACGGAAGUCAGCCUGGAAUUGGAGGACAGACAGGUGUCAGUGGAGGACCACCAGGAUACGGAAGUCAGCCUGGAAUUGGCGGACAGACAGGAGUCAGUGGAGGACCACCAGGAUACGGAAGUCAGCCUGGAAUUGGAGGACAGACAGGUGUAAGUGGAGGACCACCAGGAUACGGAAGUCAGCCUGGAAUUGGCGGACAGACAGGAGUCAGUGGAGGACAACCAGGAUACGGAAGUCAGCCUGGAAUUGGAGGACAGACAGGUGUCAGUGGAGGACCACCAGGAUACGGAAGUCAGCCUGGAAUUGGCGGACAGACAGGAGUCAGUGGAGGACAACCAGGAUACGGAAGUCAGCCUGGAAUUGGAGGACAGACAGGUGUCAGUGGAGGACCACCAGGAUACGGAAGUCAGCCUGGAAUUGGCGGACAGACAGGAGUCAGUGGAGGACAACCAGGAUACGGAAGUCAGCCUGGAAUUGGAGGACAGACAGGUGUCAGUGGAGGACCACCAGGAUACGGAAGUCAGCCUGGAAUUGGCGGACAGACAGGAGUCAGUGGAGGACCACCAGGAUACGGAAGUCAGCCUGGAAUUGGAGGACAGACAGGAGUCAGUGGAGGACCACCAGGAUACGGAAGUCAGCCUGGAAUUGGAGGACAGACAGGUGUCAGUGGAGGACCACCAGGAUACGGAAGUCAGCCUGGAAUUGGCGGACAGACAGGAGUCAGUGGAGGACCACCAGGAUACGGAAGUCAGCCUGGAAUUGGUGGACAGACAGGAGUAAGUGGAGGACAACCAGGAUACGGAAGUCAGCCUGGAAUUGGAGGACAGACAGGUGUCAGUGGAGGACCACCAGGAUACGGAAGUCAGCCCGGAAUUGGCGGACAGACAGGAGUCAGUGGAGGACCACCAGGAUACGGAAGUCAGCCUGGAGUUGGCGGACAGACAGGAGUCAGUGGAGGACAACCAGGAUACGGAAGUCAGCCUGGAAUUGGAGGACAGACAGGUGUCAGUGGAGGACCACCAGGAUACGGAAGGCAGCCUGGAAUUGGCGGACAGACAGGAAUCAGUGGAGGACAACCAGGAUACGGAAGUCAGCCUGGAAUUGGAGGACAGACAGGUGUCAGUGGAGGACCACCAGGAUACGGAAGUCAGCCUGGAAUUGGCGGACAGACAGGAGUCAGUGGAGGACAACCAGGAUACGGAAGUCAGCCUGGAAUUGGAGGACAGACAGGUGUCAGUGGAGGACCACCAGGAUACGGAAGUCAGCCUGGAAUUGGCGGACAGACAGGAGUCAGUGGAGGACCACCAGGAUACGGAAGUCAGCCUGGAAUUGGCGGACAGACAGGAGUCAGUGGAGGACCACCAGGAUACGGAAGUCAGCCUGGAAUUGGAGGACAGACAGGUGUCAGUGGAGGACCACCAGGAUACGGAAGUCAGCCUGGAAUUGGCGGACAGACAGGAGUCAGUGGAGGACCACCAGGAUACGGAAGUCAGCCUGGAGUUGGCGGACAGGCAGGAGUCAGUGGAGGACAACCAGGAUACGGAAGUCAGCCUGGAAUUGGAGGACAGACAGGAAUUGGUGGCGGACAGCCAGGAUACGGAACUCAACCUGGAGUUGGUGGAUCGCCAGGGUAUGGAACUCAACCAGGAGUCGGUGGCGGACAACAAGGAUACGGAACUCAACCUGGUGUGGGUGGACAAACAGGAGUCGGAGGAGGACAACCUGGCUUCGGAGCUCAACCUGGAGUUGGUGGAUCGCCAGGAUAUGGAACUCAACCAGGAGUCGGCGGCGGACAACAAGGAUACGGAGCUCAACCUGGAGUUGGUGGACAGACAGGAAUUGGUGGCGGACAACAAGGAUACGGAACUCAGCCUGGUGUGGGUGGACAAACAGGAGUCGGCGGAGGACAACCUGGCUUCGGAGCUCAACCUGGAGUCGGUGGAUCGCCAGGAUAUGGAACUCAACCAGGAGUCGGAGGCGGACAACAAGGAUACGGAGCUCAACCUGGAGUUGGUGGACAGACAGGAAUUGGUGGCGGACAGCCAGGAUACGGAACUCAUCCUGGAGUUGGUGGAUCGCCAGGAUAUGGAACUCAACCAGGAGUCGGAGGCGGACAACAAGGAUACGGAACUCAACCUGGUGUGGGUGGACAAACAGGAGUCAGCGGAGGACAACCUGGCUUCGGAACUCAACCUGGAGUUGGUGGAUCGCCAGGAUAUGGAACUCAACCAGGAGUCGGAGGCGGACAACAAGGAUACGGAACUCAACCUGGUGUGGGUGGACAAACAGGAGUCGGCGGAGGACAACCUGGCUUCGGAGCUCAACCUGGAGUUGGUGGAUCGCCAGGAUAUGGAACUCAACCAGGAGUCGGAGGCGGACAACAAGGAUACGGAGCUCAACCUGGAGUUGGUGGACAGACAGGAAUUGGUGGCGGACAGCCAGGAUACGGAACUCAACCUGGAGUUGGUGGAUCGCCAGGAUAUGGAACUCAACCAGGAGUCGGAGGCGGACAACAAGGAUAUGGAACUUUACCUGGAGUUAGUGGACAGUCAGGAGUCGGAGGCGGACAACCCGGAGUAGGUGGAUUGCCUGGAUAUGGAAUUCAGCCAGGAGCAGGCAGCCAACCGGGAUACGGAUCUCAGCCUGGAAUUGCCGGUACGACAGGCCCUGGAGUGGGUCAGCCAGGGUAUGGAGCCCAGACAGGUCAAAUUGGAGCACCUGGACGCUACACAGAUGGCUCCGGAGUUGUUUCUGGUGGUGUGGGAGGCACUGGUGGUGUUGGUGACACUGGUGGCGUUGGAGGCACUGGUGGCGUUGUUCCUGUAGGCGCUGGUGGAGCUGACGACGCCUACUCCCAAGCCGAGUCUACUAUUGGCGAUGGACAGGCUUCGGCGAGUGCUCAGGGCCAGAAGAACGGAGGCACGGCCAAGACCCAGGUGUCUGGAACCUACAGCUCGGGUGGAACCUUCAGCGCCAGUGCGAUGACAUCGGAUGCGGAUCGCGCGGCUAGUGCCCAGGUCACCGGAAACGCCGAUGGCGCCGUGAGUCAGUCGCAGGGAUCAGGAGGUCCUGCCCAGUCGCAGGCCCAGGUGCAGGUGGCCAAGGACGGCGGCACCAAGGCCUCAUCGCAGAGCGGUGGCAUCAUCCAACAGAGCCAGAGCGAGGUGCACGCCAACGACAAGGGCGGACUGGCGGACGCCCAAUCAAGCGGACCUGGACAAACAUCAUCCCAAGCUCAGAUCGGCUUCCGUCCCGGUCAGGAGGCCAAUCCGCCAGCGGCCAAUGGGGGUGGCCAGGCCUCGUCCUCAUCUGGCACCCACUCAAGUCAGAGUAGCUCCCAGAUUCACGGAACCUCCAGCUUUGGCGUUUCGUACCAUGGUGCUGCACAAUCCGCGUCUGGAACCAAGGAGCAGGUGGCAACUUACAGGGAACAAAAUCGGGAGCUCUUUAACACCAUCAGUCAGUUCGGCAACAAUGGCAAUGCAGUUACUGAUCGUGCUGAUACUGUCUACAGUGGACCAGCUCUCACUGAGGAAUCCGACAGUGUGCCCGAAGUCCAGUUAAAGUCAAACAAGCCCAAGGCAGAUGCUGAGCAGGCCGAAAGCAAGGCAGACCAGCCGGAGCCCGCUCAGUACGAGGACGAUAACGAGGAAUACGAUGACGAAGAGUACUACAACGAGAAGCCAUUGAAAAUGGAGGAUAUCCCCAAGUCGACUAGCAUUGUUAGGCAAAUAGAACCGACUCCGAAGCCCAAGGUCUACGAACAGUCAUCGCCCUCGCAAAGCCAAAAGGCUGUCGUGGCACCGGGAUCAAGUGAUAAGUUCCAAGUGGUCCAAAAGCAGAACGGUAAGGUCAUCACCCAUACUGAACCUUCGACCACCGAAGCCGUACCACCAGGUUUCCGAGGCACCGUCAAUGUGGAAAAGAAGUUCCACACCAAGGCUCUGGAGUUGCAAACUCCCAGUAGGGUGGAGAUUACUACCGAUGCCAAAGAAGAGGGUCCGGUUCGAGGUGACAAGCCGAUUCGACGUGCUCCGGACAGUUAUGUCACCGUCACCAAGUCGGUGACCGGCAGCAUGGACAACAGCAAGAGUCCUCCCCAGGAGAACAAGAACUUCCAGUCCACAUACUAUACAAAGUCCUCGACUUGCGGCUACUUCACCUUCUCCUGCAACAUUGUUUACGGUCCCAAUGGAAGGAACAAAAUCUGCCGGCCCAAGGCACCUACCAAUGGCAAGUGCUAGGGGAUCAUAUUUUUAAACCCCCUUGCGUCACCUAUAUUAUGAAUAAUAGAUCAGUUCCAAAGGGGCUCAAUUGUAGAACAGCUUAACCAACUGCCAUCUACAAACACCAUUUUGUAUUUCGAUGCAGCUUGACCCAAAGCAUUAUAGUGUUUUUCGGAAGUAAUUUUAGAUUUCACUGUCAUUUCUUAAAUAUUUUGUACGAU